AUGGAUUCUGAUGAUUCUGACUACAUCCCUGACUGUGAAGCCCCUGAUGAAGCCCAUGAUGAAGCCCCUGAUGAUGAUGGCCCGAAGAAGAAGGAGGACGAAACAAUGUGGGACUACGUGCCCCUCUGUGAAGACAUCAAUAAGAAGUGUGACGACGAAAUCAUCCGUGGCAUGAUUGACUGUCGUCUUGGAAACAGUAACAACAAGAAGAACACAAAGCUGCAACUUUUGUCCAUGAUGAAGGACACCAGGGGCCCAAAACUUUUUGAGGAUGCCAUACAGGAUGAUCGGACUGCGGCCUAUCGGACUGCGACUGGGUUGCUCAAGGUCUCUGCAUUGUCGUUGGAAGAACUCCAGCAACAAGGCAAGGAAAAGAUAGGCAAGGACAAACACGGCGAGGACAAAUUCAAAGACAAACCCGGAGAUCAAAGACACUACAUGACACAUGAUGUGUUUGCUGCUAUGAUGCACAUCAAGCUGCGGGGAUCCCACAACCUCACACACCUGGCUCCUUUUGCGGAUAAGGUGAGCACUAAAGACGGGAAAACUCCAGCAGCUUUCAUCAAACAAUGUAAAAAACUCUACGUGGUCGAACAACACCUCAAACAACUCAACAAGAAACCAGCUGCUUCCAACAAGAAGCAUGCAGCUGUCCAGAAGAAGCCUGUAGCAUCUGCUGGCGGGACCCGGUCCAAGGAGGUUGCUGUGCUCUACGAGGUUGCUGUGCUCUACGAAAUUGGAGAUGAGAUUAUUCAUGGAAUCAAAAAUAGCCGUGAGUUUGAGUUCAAGAUAUUUCGGGAACACAAAACGAUUCCGAAGAAGGAACUCCUUGGAUCAAUCUGA